AUGAGAUCUGUCUACUGGGCGUUCAUCUCAGAGACAAAGCAGCGGCUGCAAGCGGAAAACCCGACCCUUUCCAAGACCAUGGUUUUGGAAAUGGCUCGUACCGAGUGGAAGGGGCAUCCUGCAAGGAUCGAGCAAAUGAAGAACAUGUCCCACUCCGAGCUCUCCCGGAGGCGCCUCGUCCCUGCCACCAGGACCAGGAAGUCCAAACCAUCUUCUGCCGAAGCUCCUGUGCAAGAGAAGGCGUUGGAGCCGGAGCCACCAUGUGAGGAAGCGAGCAAUGAGGACGAACCGGACAACGAGGACGACGAGGACCAUGAUGAGGGUGCUUCGGACCAGGACCAGGUAGUAGAUGAAAUCGAUUGA